CCACCUGGCAUGCGAAGCUGGAAGAGGGAAAAGGAGGGAGAGAAGGGAGAGAAGGGAGAGAAAGGAGAGAAGGGAGAGAAGGGAGAGAAAGGAGAGAAGGGAGAGAAGGGAGAGAAGGGAGAGAAAGGAGAGAAGGGAGAGAAGGGAGAGAAGGGAGAGAAGGGAGAGAAGGGAGAGAAGGGAGAGAAGGGAGAGAAGGGAGAGAAGGGAGAGAAGGGAGAGAAGGGAGAGAAGGGAGAGAAGGGAGAGAAGGGAGAAGGGCACUAAAGAAUGAUUGUCGGUAGAGCUAG